CCUAUGGGGGGGGGAACCAUUUCCGGCUUCCGUCGUUGAAGAAGCCACGUUUGAAUGUCCCGGGCUGCUGCUUGAAUGCUUGGAAAGACUCGCAGGCAACAGCAGAGAGAAAUCCUCGAUGCUUUCUUCGCUAUCGCCGUGUGGUGGUGGGAAAGGAGCCAUCAUGAGGCCUGCUCAAGAUCCUGCAGUGUCCUUUGAUGAGGUGGCCGUGUAUUUCACCCCGGCGGAGUGGACCCUGCUGAACCCAGCCCAGAGAGCUCUGUACAAGGAGGUCAUGCUGGAGAAUUUUGGGAAUGUGGCCUCUCUGGGACCAGUGAUGGCCAAACCUGACCUCAUCUCCUGGCUGGAAGGAGAAGAGCGUUUCUUGCUGUUUUCGGCUGAAGAGGAAGGAUUGGCAGCCAGGGGUAUGCAGAGAAUUCAGGGAGAGGUGAAAAAAUAUAAACGCCUGGAGUGUGGGAAAAGGUUCCGUUGGAGUGACAACCUUACUUCCCAUCAAAGAAUUCACACAGGGAAGAAAACAUAUAAGGAGUACGGCAACAGCUUCCAUCAGAGUGGAAGGCCAACUUCCCAACGGAGAAAUCAUAAAUGGGAGAAACCAUAUAAAUGCCUCAAAUGUGGGAAGAAUUUCAAGCAUAGUGGAAGCCUUAGGUAUCAUUUCAGAGUUCACACCGGAGAGAAACCAUAUAAAUGUCUGGAGUGUGGGAAAAGCUUUCGGCGGAAGACUGAUCUAACUACCCAUCGAAGAAUUCACACAGGGGAGAAACCAUAUAAAUGCCUGAGGUGUGGGAAAGCCUUUAGUCACAAGAGAAGCCUUUUGUAUCAUUGCAGAAUUCACACAGGAGAGAAACCAUACAAAUGUCUGGAGUGUGGAAGAAGUUUUCCACGGAAGGAUUCUUUAACUUUCCAUCAAAGAAUUCACACAGGGGAGAACCCAUAUAAAUGCAUGCAGUGUGGAAAGUGCUUUAGUAGCAGAGGAGGCCUUACGGCCCAUCAGAGAAUUCACACAGGAGAGAAACCCUAUAUAUGCCUGGUAUGUGGAAAAGGCUUUCCACGGAAGGAUUCUUUAACUUUCCAUCAAAGAAUUCACACAGGAGAGAAACCAUUUAAUUGCUUGGAAUGUGGAAAAAGCUUUAGUAGCAAAGGAAGCUUUACUUACCAUAAAAGAAUUCAUACAGGGGAGAAACCAUAUAAAUGUCUGGAGUGUGGGAAAGGCUUUCGACAGAAGUUCGUAUUAACUUUCCAUCAAAGAAUUCAUACAGGGGAGAAGCCAUAUAAGUGCCUGGAGUGUGGGAAAUGCUUUAGUCGCAAGAUAAACCUUACUAACCAUGACAGAAUUCAUACAGGAGAGAAACCAUAUAAGUGCUUGGAGUGUGGGAAAAGCUUUCGAAAGAAUAUACUAGCUUUCCAUCAAAGAAUUCACACAGGGGAGAAGCUAUAUCAAUGUUUUCAGUGUGAGAAAGGCUUCUUUCACAAGAUAAGCCUCACAGUUCAUCAACGCAUUCACACAGGAGACAAACUAUUUAUAUGCCUGGAAUGUGGAAAAAGCUUUCCACGGAAGGUUGCUCUAACUUCACAUCAAAGAAUUCAUACAGGGGAGCAACCAUAUAAAUGCCUGGAGUGCGAUAAAGGCUUCUUUCACAAGCGAAGCCUUACGAACCAUGAAAGAAUGCACACGGGGGAGAAACCAUUUAUAUGCCAAGAAUGUGGGAAAAGUUUUCGACGGAAGGAUACUCUAACUUUCCAUGAAGGAAUUCACACAGGGGAGAGACCAUACAAAUGCAUGGAGUGUGGGAAAAGCUUUCGACGGAAGAAUGAUCUAACUACCCAUCAAAGAAUUCACACAGGGGAGAAGCCAUAUAAAUGCAUGGAGUGUGAAAAAGGCUUUCGACGGAAGUAUGAUCUUACUUUCCAUCAAAGAAUUCACACAGGUGAGAAACCAUAUAAAUGCAUGGAGUGUGGAAAAGGCUUCAGUUCCAAGAGUAGCCUUACAUACCAUGAAAGAAUUCACACAGGGGAGAAACCAUAUAAAUGCCUGGAGUGUGGGGAAAGCUUUGGACAAAAGGGUAAACUUAAUUCUCAUCAACGAAUUCACACUGGGGAGAAAGCGUAGAAAUGUCAGGAGUGUGGAAAGGCAUUCCAUCGAAGAAAAGUAGAUUAGGACAUUAGAAUACAACCUGAUUUGUGUGAUAAGAAUGCUGUGUUGAACCAUUCUGUUUCGGUAGAAAACAGAAAGAUUCCUGUCUAGAUAUCUAAGAAGUGAGCCGUGACUCAUGAAAGAUCACCUGCCACAAAUUUAGUUAGUCUUUCAGGUGCAACUAGGCUUCUGCUCUUUUAUACUGCUAUAGAUAGACUUAACAUGGCUACCCAUUGCAUUCACUUUCACACCUGUGGAAUGCUAGAAUUGUGGGAGUUUUCCUCUUCUUGUGCACGAGUAAAUUGUUCCGUGUGUUUUGCUCGCAGUCCCACCCAUUAUCUUUCCACAGAUGAGCAAAGCAGUUGCAAUAGAUUGUACUGAGAGAAGGAGCCACAGAGCUCCGUAGACCUUGAGCCCUGAAAGACUUGGUCAGUAAUAACCAGCGCCUUGACAUAAACCGAAAAACUGAGCAGUCUCCAGAGGAACAACUCUGAUAUGUGUCAGAUGCAUUCUGUGCCUCACUCCAAAUAGUAACCAAGGUGUGACGUUCUGUACCAGACGGAGAUUCUGACUUCAAGGGUGGACCCAUGUUGAGUGUAUUACGGUAGACUGGCUGCCUGGAUACUGUGGCUUAGAUUUUCAUUGUGUUUAUCGAUUCUAUUUUGAGUACUGGUGCCUCUGAUAUUCCCUGUAUUUUGAGGAGAAUCAAGUGUUUUGCUUCAAUAAACUGUAUACUUAGUUAAA